CCGCGCCGCGAGUCCGCGACACAUAAAUAAACCCCGAAUUGUUGGCUGCGUCGUCUUCGUCUAUCAAAUUGGCCUAUAGAUUUCCAAUCAAAAGUUGUCAUGAUUACUGUACUUAACAUCAGUUUCACAGGUUUCAGUUCACAAUAAAUCGUGGGUAGGUAAGCAAGCUGUCGUGCCGCCAAGCGCAAAUCCAAGUUGAAGAAACACACUAUUCCUCUGUGAGUCUGUGGACUGAGUAGAUUGGCGGCGGCUUUCGGCUGCUCUGUCUUCUUGUUAGGGGGAAAGAUGGCGCGAAGUGCGCUUCUCAGUCAGUGUGGGGUGUUGCGCCAGCUGAGACGGAGGUUGUCAGUCUCACACGUUAGUCGCAAGGAGGCAGCACCAGUGCAGGGACGUCCUUACAAGGAACUGUCCAUAGGAGUGCCCAAAGAGAUCUGGCAGAAUGAGAAGAGAGUUGCAAUCACCCCAGCCGUGGUGGCCACCCUGGCCAAGAAGGGUUUCACAGUAAAGGUGGAGGCUGGGGCAGGCAAAGAGGCCAAGUUUCCCGACGUGGCCUACAUGGGUUCCGGUGCUAAGAUUGUUGACAACAAAGCUGCUUUUAGCUCCGAUUUGGUAUUGAAAGUGCGACCACCCAAGGAGUCAGAAGUAGAAUUGUUUCAGCCAGACAGCACGCUCAUCUCAUUUCUGUACCCCGGACAGAACCAGGCCCUAGUUGAUUUGUUGGGCAAGAAGAAAAUCAACGCUUUUGCAAUGGACUGCAUUCCUCGUAUCUCCAGAGCUCAGGUGUUUGAUGCUCUCAGUUCCAUGGCGAACAUUUCAGGCUACAGAGCCGUCGUAGAAGCCGCCAACCACUUCACUCGGUUUUUUGCAGGUCAGAUCACAGCGGCAGGCAAGGUUCCCCCCGCCAAGGUAUUGGUGAUAGGCGGAGGUGUGGCAGGGUUGGCUGCUAUUGGCCAGGCUCGCAACAUGGGUGCCAUCGUGAGGGCUUUUGACACUCGUUCUGCUGUCAAAGAACAGGUCGAAAGUUUGGGUGCUGAGUUCCUCGAAGUAGAUAUCAAGGAGGAAGGCACAACAGCUGGCGGCUACAGUAAGGAGAUGUCCAAGGAGUUCAUCGCUGCGGAGAUGGCUCUGUUCGCUAAACAAGCCAAGGACGUAGACAUCAUCAUUACCACUGCACUCAUUCCUGGCAGAAAAGCUCCAAUACUCAUACUCAAAGAACAUGUGGACAGUAUGAAGCCUGGCAGUGUGAUAGUGGACCUGGCAGCAGAGACUGGUGGUAACGUAGCUACUACCAGACCUGGGGAGGUGUACAUCUACAAUGAUGUCACUCAUGUGGGUCUGACAGACUUGGCCAGUAGACUGCCUACGCAGAGCUCCACCCUGUACGCCAACAACAUCUCCAAGUUCCUACUCUCUAUUGGUUCAAACGACCACUUCUACAUCAACACGGAAGACGACGUGGUGAGAGGCAGCCUGGUGUUGGAGAAGGGCCAGUUGGUUUGGCCGCCCAAGAAGCCUGUGGUUGUUGUCGCCCCGGCCCCACCUCCGCCUAAGGUUGACAAAGCGAAGGAAGCUGCUCUCGUACCAGAGGACCACUUCAAAAACACCUUCAAGGAUGCAAUGAUGUACACUGGAGGCCUGGGUGGGCUGUUAGCACUCGGAACUAUUGCUCCAAAUCCUGCUUUUUCACAGAUGGCUGCUACUUUCGCUCUCUCUACUAUCGCUGGGUACCACACUGUAUGGGGCGUGACCCCAGCGCUACACUCUCCGCUCAUGUCAGUCACCAACGCCAUCUCUGGCAUCACAGCCGUGGGAGGUCUGCUACUCAUGGGGGGAGGUUACUACCCCACCAACACUGUACAGGCAUUGGCCGCGUCAGCUGCCUUCAUUUCCUUCAUUAACGUCUACGGAGGGUUCCUGGUCACCAAGAGGAUGUUGGACAUGUUUAAGAGGCCUACUGAUCCUCCAGAACACAACUACCUGUACGGCAUCCCAGCGGCCGCCUUCCUGGGCAGUUACGGCUACGGUGUGAUGCAAGGUUACCCGGAGAUUCACCAGAUGGCGUCACUAGCGUCAUCCUUGUGUUGUGUCGGAGCGCUAGCAGGACUCAGCUCACAACAAACCUCUCGUCUCGGAAACAACCUGGGCAUGAUUGGAGUCAGUGGUGGCAUCGCCUCCACACUAGGCUACAUGGCACCAAACAACGAGGUGUUAGCUCAGAUGGCCGGCUGCAUGGCUAUUGGAGGAGCUUUGGGAACUGUGAUUGCUAAGAAGAUAGAAAUCACCGACCUGCCUCAGCUUGUAGCUGCUUUCCACAGCCUUGUUGGUUUGGCAGCUGUAUUGACAUGUUUGGCAACAUACAUGCACGAUUUCCCCAAUUUCGCCACAAAUCCAGCCACAAAUGUCAUCAAAACUUCUCUCUUCCUCGGAACUGUCAUUGGAGGAGUUACUUUCAGUGGCUCGUUGGUGGCUUACGGAAAGUUGCAAGGUGUUCUCAGCUCCAACCCUCUGUUGCUACCCGGACGUCACGCUAUCAACGCCUCCCUCCUGUUGGGCAACAUGGCCGCCAUGGGCUACUUCUUCUACGACCCCUCGUUGACUGCUGGGCUAGCGACGCUGGGCGCUGCGUCCGGACUGUCCGCCACCAUGGGUCUCACCCUCACAGCUGCCAUCGGAGGUGCUGACAUGCCGGUGGUAAUUACCGUGCUCAACAGCUACAGUGGCUGGGCGUUGUGUGCGGAAGGCUUCAUGCUUAACAACAACGUGAUGACCAUCGUCGGAGCUCUUAUCGGCUCCUCUGGUGCCAUUCUAUCAUACAUCAUGUGCAAGGCAAUGAACCGAUCUCUGCCCAACGUCAUCUUGGGAGGUUAUGGUACGUCGUCUACAGGUGGAGGCAAACCCAUGGAGAUCACCGGCACACACACUGAAGUAUCAGUCGACAAUGUGACCGAGAUGAUUCAGAACGCCAAGAACAUCAUCAUCACACCAGGUUACGGUCUGUGUGUGGCUAAGGCUCAGUACCCGCUGGCCGAGAUGGUGUCGCUGCUGAAGAAGAAAGGCAAGAAUGUGAGAUUUGGCAUCCAUCCGGUGGCAGGUCGUAUGCCAGGACAGCUGAAUGUGCUGCUGGCCGAGGCGGGAGUCCCGUACGAUGAUGUGCUGGAGAUGGAAGAGAUCAAUGAUGACUUCAAGGAGACGGACCUUGUGUUGGUCAUCGGAGCUAAUGACACGGUAAACUCCGCUGCUGAGGACGACCCUAACUCCAUCAUCGCUGGCAUGCCUGUACUCAGGGUGUGGAAUGCUGAACAGGUUGUUGUUAUGAAACGUUCGCUCGGAGUUGGUUAUGCUGCCGUAGACAAUCCCAUCUUCUACAAGCCCAACUCUGCGAUGUUGCUCGGAGAUGCUAAGAAGACAUGCGACCAGCUGCUGAAUAAAGUUAAGGCUGCGUAUGGUGAAGCCCCUGCUGCGUAGUUACUAAAUUUUAUGGGUUCCUAAUGAAUUGGUUUUCCACCAGUAGUUGGUGGAAGAUCAAGCCAGAAAUUAAUUUUAACUUUUAAAUAUAAUUAAUUAAUUUCAAUGCAAGGCAAAUAUUAUAAGCGAGUGGCGUUAUCCAGUAAGGGUAAUUUUAAAUAUUGUGAUACUGAUGCUUUUCUCACUUUGAAUGUUGAUAUAUUCAAAAGGAAGAAGUUUUUCUGUAUACCUGUGAAAAAAAGUCUGAACUUAGUCUCAAAAUCUUAGUACUUUACUAGUCUUUUACUUGUAUAAUUUUAAUCAAUUAAAAUCUAACUGGUAAUUUUUUAGUGAUUUUACUAAUCAGAAAUGUCCAGAUUGGAUUGUCGAGAAUUUAGUGAAUUCGGUGCAUUUAUACUAUAUCCCGUUUACUAUACCCAAAAUUUUUGGGUGCUUUUGUCAUGUAAAUACAUUUAUACAUCACCAUGUUCGUUUGUCACGAUGGCUAGUUUUAGCUUUUAGUAGUUAGUUUUAUUUUACCGUUCUAAAUAAAUUAAUUUCUAAAUCAGAUAAUGUUUAUAUUUAAUGAAGGACUGUUUCUGUCCCAGCUGAACUAAUAUUUAAAGAGAACUGCUGAAUUAAUUGUACAAACAUUACCCAUUAAUCCCUUUUUAUGGGGUUAGAGAACUUGUAGUUGUAUUUGUUGAAGAUUUUUUGUUGUAUUCAUAAAAAAAUCACCAACUGGAAAUCGUUUUUCCAAGCAAUUAAAGUGCCUUAUUUUUUAUCGGUAAUUUGAAGUGCACAUGUCUUUAGCCUUCAAUCAAGACAAUUUUGAGGCAAGGAAAUGUGUUUACUAAUUAUUAUACCUUUUUAUACAACUUGUGUGCCAUAUUUAACUUGAGCUGUGAUUAUUACACCUAAUAUGACUUACUUGGAAGACUGACUUGCUAAUUUUGUGAGAAGCUUACAAAGAAAAUAUUUUCUACAAAAUUUAAAGAAAAGCCAAAGAAGGAACUUACUAUGCUUUCUUGUAGAGGAAACAGAGUAAAUUAAUCACAACGAUACAACUUUUAAUUCCUCUUAAACUUAACUCAAUAAAUAGGAGAUACAAUGAAAUUUUUCAUUUUAUUUCACUUAUUGUAAAUUUUAUAACUAUUCCCAUAACUUUUGUACUGUGUAUGCACAAUUAAACGUUUAUUUUGGAAUGUUAUUUUUAGUGUUAAAAGAGUUGAUGUGUAUAUUUUGUUGUGUCCUUAUUUUAUGAAUGAAAAAGUGUCAACUGUAAUUUAAGAGUUAGAAGAUUUGUAAAUCCAUACUUGAUAUAAUUAAUUUUUAAUGCCAACCUUGGGGUUUUCUUUUUUUUGUUACGUUAUUUAAGAUUUUUAUUUUUACACCUAUUUGUGAACAAAGUAAUUUGUGCAUACAUUCUUAAAUUAUUCUUUGGGAAAAUUUAUCCCCACUAUGCUUUGAACUUAGGUGGUCUAGUGUAUCUGACUGCCUGUCUUUAAACCCUUUUUUUCCGCCCAAGUCAAAAUAGACUAGUCCGUCUAUAUUUUAUUUUCAGUUUUAAAAUGUUUUUACUUUAUCAUGUUUGGCAUUUAUUUUAUACGUUGUUUCUUUCCUCUUAUGUUAAUAUUGAUUUUUACCUCAAAUUUAUACUUAAUACUGUGGUAAAUAGAUUGGUUACUUAUUUUAGUUAAUUUGUUUAGAGUGUAUACUUAUGUUAUUGAAAUAAUUACUAUGUAUUUUCUUAACAGAUUUCAAAGAUUUUAUUUGAAUCAGUUUAUUUUUUUAAAUAUUUUAUGCAUUCUAUAUUUUAUUUUUAAAUACCUAUAUUAAAGGGCAACUAACAAUUUUUAAAUGUCUCUUUUAAUUAGAUUAGUUUUGUAAUUUUUUAGACAUUCCUUUAAGAUGCAUAUUUAUUAUUUAGUAGUUAUAAUUAUUCUUCAGUUCUUUUUGUAGGUACCGGUAAUCAAAUGUGUCAACAUUAUGUACAUUUAUGUGUUUUAACUGUGGUCCAUAUAAAAAUAUACCCUUAUAGUGUCUUUUUAGCGUACUGUUUAUCGUUAUUGUAAAUGUGUAUUUUUGUGAAAUAAAUUUUUGUGUCUGUAAAAA